AUGCCGCGCCACGCACAAAUGCCGGAUAUGGCGCAGAUACAACGGCGAGAUAGCUUCAACGAUACUGAUUAUGAAUCCUGCCCGGUGGGAGGGCGAUGGGCCAAGUGCGAAGACGUCAACUAUCCAACAUUCAUAGGAUGCUGCUCCAGCAAUCCGUGCUCAGGGCAGAUGUGCCCGGCGGAAAACCUGUUUCCGAUGGGCUUUGGUGCGGUGACAAGUCCCGCGCCAGACUAUCCGAAUCAUUCUUGUCCGUAUGGAGGUUUAUGGUAUACCUGCGCCGCCAACACGAUACCUUUUCAAGGAUGCUGCGUGAGCAAUCCAUGCAAUGGUCAAGGCUGUCCUUCUGCGGAUUUGCGACCCGCUGCCCUCCAUACAGUCGUCGUUGCCGGAACGUCGACGUUCACAGUCCCGUCCUCGGUCUCAACGCCAGCUCCCACCAGUACAUCAAGUUCCACGACAACUGCUUGGACGACAUCAACUUUUACGCCCGCACAGUCAUCGCACAAGACAAAUACGGCUGCCAUAGCCGGGGGUGCCAGUGCGGCUGGAGUGGUUGUGCUGGCGGUCAUCGUAAUCGUGUUCUACUGUUGUUUGCGACGAAGAAAAGCAAAAGCCGCUGCCAAUUCUCAGCCGGCACAAUCGCAAGAGCUCAAAAAUUACUAUAGCCCUGCCACCAAUGUUUCCACUCCUCUACCAAACUACACCAAGUCAGCAGCACACGAUCCAUCCUCCCCUACACCCACAUAUACAUCCGGCGGGACUCCGCGAUUCCAAGAGGCCGAGCCGCAGGAAAUCAUGGGAUUGGGAUUGUCGACAGAAGAGUUUCAUCGACGGAGCAAGUCACGGACGCCCGCGCAGAGCCUCGGUUCGCCUAUUGAGUUGCCUUCUCAACGUCCUUCUGGGAUGGCGCCCGAGCUGGAGGCGGAUAGUCCACUCCUAGACUCUAGGUCUAGGCAGACGAAUGAGCGCAAGUCUACACUUCAUAACAGUACAGGAUACAGCGACUUUGGGACAGAUGGGUCGUGA